UGUCGUCUCUUCCCCCCUCUUCCACCCACUCCACAUCAACUCGAUUCCAUCCACCUCAACUCCCUUACCCAACUUCAACCAACACUUCACAAUGCCCGCUGCUGCCGCCGCUGCUGGAACCGCCAAGAAGGCCUCGGCGCCCAAGAAGCCGUCUGCCCACCCCACCUUCCUCGCCAUGAUUCAGGAGGCCAUCAAGGCUCACCCCGAGGACGCCCGUGCUGGUGUUUCGCGCCCCACCAUCAAGAAGUACCUUGCCAACACCUACAAGCUUGACCUCUCGGCUGCCGCCAACGUCAACAACCUUUCCAACGCCAUCAAGCGUGGCCAGGAGACUGGUGUUCUUGUCCUCCCCAAGGGCAUUGGUGGCAAGGUCAAGCUUGCUCCCAAGAAGGCUGCCGCUGGCAAGGAGAACCAGGCCCCUAAGAAGGCGGCUAAGCCUGCAGCCAAGAAGGCUGCCGCGAAGCCCGCGGCGAAGAAGACGGACGCCAAGCCCGCGGCUAAAAAGGUGACUGCCGCGAAGAAGACGGCCGCCGCCAAGACCGCUGCCCCCAAGAAGAAGACCGCGACCAAGAAGGCCCCGGCUGCCAAGGCCGCUGCUGCCAAGCCCAAGGCUGCCGCUAAGGCGGCGGCGCCCAAGAAGGCGAAGGCUGCUGCCCCGGCCAAGAAGUAAGAGCAGCCCAGAGCGACUCUUCCAUCUCUGGACGGCUUUUGGGAACCACUGUGACCUGUCUGUAACUGUGGCAAUCUUGUGACACCCCCUCCCUGUCUUAUCCCGGCCUUCGUAGUUACCCCCGUUAUUCGCUUUCGAUCCUUCUUUAGUAUGAUGCGACCCCGCGAUGCAUGUCGCUUUGGCGCUCUCGUAUGAACCAAACAUUUGUGACGCGCA